AUGGCAGUGAGAGAGGUCUCACUGCACGACUCCUUUCGCCUCCUUCGGGGCCAUCUGCAAAGCUUCCUGGAUGAUGCUUCGGGCCGCAGGAACUCUCCCCGACUGGUGGCCUGGGUGCCCGAGACUGCCCCUGUCGGGCCGGAGGAGCCCUUUAGGUGGAGCUUCGUGAGCUCUGGCAGCUGUACUGUGCUGCCGGACCAUCUCCAGAGCUUGGAUGCCUUGACUGCUGCUGGGCUGGUGGGGAAGGAUCUGGAUGAAGCUGGGAUCCGCACCUGGCUUGCCGACAAAGCCGGCAAAGAGUGUGCCGUUGGACGCGUCAGGGGCCUGCCCUCGCACUGGACUGUCAUUCAGGAUGGCAGCUGCCCUCUCCGAGACAACGAGCAGUCCCUGCUGAUAAGUAGCGUCCGGGAGGGUGAGAACGUGACAUAUCUGCAAAACUCCGUUGUGGUUCCGCUCCACGAGGAGGGCCAGGCAGAAACGCUCGCUGCGCAAGACGUCCUGGUGGUGGCACUAGUGAUGUUCUGCCGCCAGCUGCACAUCACAGACCUAGAAAUACGAGUGUGCCGCGCUGGUGAUAAGGUCUGCGUAACCUGGGCGGCCCUGCAGCUGGACGAGACCGCUGGCUACCUCUGUGCCGAGCGCUGGGGCAACUGCCGCUUCCCGGUUGGCUUCGGGCGCCCAGAACUGCCCGAGGAAAAGGCCGUGCAUGAUUUGGACGCAAGAACAGGAGCUUCCCUGAAGUUCACCUUGCUGAAUCGUCAGGGCCGUGUGUGGACCCUUAUCGCAGGAGGCGGCGCUAGUGUCGUGUACACGGACACCAUCUGUGAGUACGGCUAUGCGAAGGAGCUGGCAAACUACGGCGAAUACUCAGGCGACCCCCCUGAGGAGUUUGUCUACGAGUAUGCCAAGGUGAUCUUGGGAGUCAUGACAUCCUCACCGGAGCCUCAUGGGAAGAUCCUGCUGAUCGGGGGCGGAGUUGCCAACUUUACGGAUGUUGCCAGCACAUUCAAGGGCCUGGUGAAGGCCUUGAAAGAGUUCGGAUCUGCCUUGAAGGCCUGCGCUACGACAGUUUGGGUGCGCCGUGGUGGUCCGAACUACUCAGAGGGGCUCACAAACAUGCGAAAAGCAUGCGAGGACAUCGGAAUCCCUGCGCACGUGUACGGGCCAGAAGCUCACCUCACAUCGAUCGUGCGAGAUGCACUUCUGGAGAAGGCCAAAGAUGCCAGCAUGCCCGUUCCGGACGUCAAGAUCCGACAAGUCGACUCUGCGAAGAGGCAAAGACGAGGUAGCAAUAGCCUUAUGCAGUUUACCCUGGAGACUCAAGCCUUCGUGUAUGGGAUGCAGACGAAAGCGGUGCAGCGAAUGCUGGACUUCGACACGCUCUGCGGCCGCAAAACCCCUAGUGUGGCGGCCAUAGUCAACCCAACCGGCGAGGCAACUUUUGAGAAGUUUAUGUUCGGCUCUGCAGAUGUUUUGAUCCCUGUAUACACAUCGUUGGAAGAUGCUGUGGACAAGCACGGCAAGACGCCCAAGAUGCUCGUCAAUUUUGCUUCAUUCCGGUCUGUCUAUACUGCGACUAUGGAUGCAUUGAAGUUUGCCAGUGUCAUCAAAACGCAUGCCAUCAUCGCAGAAGGCGUCCCCGAAGCAUUGACACGCAGGAUCCACUACGAGGCCGAGAAGGUUGGGGUCGCCAUCAUCGGACCGGCUACCGUAGGUGGCAUGAUGCCUGGGCGCUUCCGCAUCGGCAACGCUGGAGGAGCGGUGGAGAACUUGUUGCUGGCCAAACUUUACCGGCCCGGAUCCGUAGGCUACACGACCAAGUCGGGUGGUAUGUCCAACGAACUGAACAACAUUGUGGCGCUGAACACCGACGGUGUGAGAGAAGGCAUCGCCAUCGGAGGAGACAGGUGGCCAGGACUCCGUUUUUUGGAUGUUCUGCUCCGCUUUGAGGCAGAUCCUGACGUCAAGAUGAUGGUGCUGCUGGGCGAGGUAGGUGGACGUGAGGAGUUUCUCGUAGCAGAAGCCCUCCAAGACGGACGCAUCACCAAACCGCUCGUCGCCUGGUGCUGUGGCACAGCAGCCGAAGCCUUCGACUACGACGUCCAAUUUGGCCAUGCAGGCGCUCGGGCGCGUGCAGCCGACGAGACGGCGGGGUCCAAAAACCGGGCGCUUGCCAAGGCGGGAGCUCACGUGCCCCGCAGCUUUGACGAGUUUGGCGACCUCAUCGCCUUGGUCUAUCAGGCUCUGGUCAAGGCAGGCAGCAUCGUUGUUGCCAGCGAGCCUCCGGUGCCGAAGCUUCCAAGCGACUACGAGUCGCUUCGAAAGAAAGGCAUGGUCCGCAAGCCUGCGAAUUUCGUUUGCUCCAUUGCCGAUGACCGGGGAGCAGAACCGACCUAUGCCGGGGUGCCCAUCUCGGAGAUUGCCAAGGACGAGGAACUCGGCAUUGGUGGCGCUAUUUCGCUGCUGUGGUUCAGGAAGAGACUGCCACGUUAUGUCUCCAAGUUCAUCGAGCUAUGUGUGGUCGCGACUGCAGAUCAUGGUCCGUGUGUGUCUGGCGCGCACAACACCAUCGUGGCAGCGCGGGCCGGGAAGGAUCUGGUGUCCUCGCUCAUCUCCGGCUUGGCGACCAUCGGUCCUCGCUUCGGGGGUGCCCUUGAUGACGCGGCACGCAUGUUCGCCUCUGCCUUGGACGCUGGUCUCACGGCCGCCGAGUUUGUGGAGAAGUGUAAGCAAGACAAGACAGUGAUCAUGGGGAUCGGCCAUCGCGUCAAGUCGCUAGACAACCCGGACGCGCGAGUCGUUCUCAUCAAGGAGUACGCCAAAGCCAACUUUUCUGCCACGCCGCUCCUUGAUUUCGCCUUGGCGGUGGAACAGAUAACGACCAGGAAGAAGGCAAAUCUCAUCCUCAACGUCGACGGCUGCAUUGCCGUUUGCUUUGUGGACUUGCUGCGUGGCUGCGGUGCCUUUACGAGGAGCGAGGCCGAUGAGCUCGUCUCCAACGGAGUUCUGAACGGACUCUUCGUGUCGUCCAGAACCAUUGGCCUGGUCGGACAUUUCCUGGAUCAGAGGCGGUUGAAGCAGCCCCUUUACAGACAUCCGUACGACGACGUGACAUACCUCACCGACAGCUAA